AUGCCUGUGGCAAAGAUGUAUACUGAGGGACAUGGGCAGACGGAAGCCGACGAACAGCAUCCAGACAGCCAGCCGCUGGCUGCCGCAGGCUUUGGCAACAAAGCACGCUGUACGGCAGACACCGUCACUGGAAUCGGUGCAGAAUCUCUAAACGCAGAACGAGGAGAAGAAAGUGCGGCAAAUGAUGACGCAAAACCAACAGAGGCUGCAGAAUCAGGCGGAGAACAAGCAACUGCACCUACCGAAAUCACGCCAGCGGAAGCAACUACAGCAACUGAAACAGGCAAAAUUGUAGGACCUGACAUGCAUGCUGGCCAUUGCAAUGAAGUAAUUGAUUUAUUUGCGGCCGGACGUGUACAGCAGGAAUUAAAGCAGGAGCAUGAUGUCGGAGCAGCCAUGUCAGCAGUCCUGGCUGCGGCAGCUUCGACAGGACAUAUGCCCGAGAGUGCCCCCAAAACUAAUGAAGAAGACAGCCGCACCUCCUCUGUAUUGUCAAAACUGCUAUCUGCUGCUCUGCGGCAGCUUUUGCCAUGGGUCCUCCCGUCUGCGCUUCGGGGUGCCACUGCGGCAAGCGUCAGAGUAAACAUAUCUAAAAAGCAGCUGACCUUAAGCGGUGUUUCUCUGCAGCCGCAGGAGCUUACAUCACUCGUGGGAGCCCCUCUGCAGUUGCUGCACUGCAGCAUAGGUGACCUUCAACUGCAAAUGGGGAAACAGGGGGCGCUCACUGUAGCAGCUGCGGCGUCCGUCGGGAAAGACACGACGACCUCUUCAGGUUCAUGGACAACAGAGAGGAUUCCGGCUUGUUCCUCGACGACACCACUUGCACCAGAUGAGCGGAACAAAUACGAUAGCAAGAAAGAUUCAGGUUCUCUGCUUCUUUCUCUGAAGGAUGUCAUUGUUGUAUUGACACCAACGAGACCAACGGAAUGGUCGAGGGACCAGUUACUAGGAUUGGCGCUUCGCAGGCGGAGAUCGCUGCUUCAUAGUAUAGACAGCGAACAACAGCAAAAACAACUGCUACAGCCUAGUGGCCUUUCAGCAAAUGUGGCUGGUGUGAUAUCCCACUGGAUCGACCGCCAUAUCCAGUGGGCCUCUGUAGAAGUCCUUAAUUUGCAUAUUCGUGUCGAAUGCCUUGUUCCCCUUUCCAAAACGAGCAGCAGCAGUUGCACUAGGGCAGCUUUCGCUUUAGGGCUGCAUUUUAAGGAGCUGCGUAUGCGCACCGUCCCACCUGAGGAGUCUAAUGUUCCACGCGCUAGCAUGAGAAGGGAAGAACAACAGGAGAAACGAGGGAUCCAGGAAGCUGCAGCAGCUUCUCUUCACCAAGCCACUACAGAACCAUUGUUUGAAGGUGGCAGAAUUGAGGGACACAGUAGCAGUAAUAAAGACAGCUUCUGCAGUGAGUUUAAUGUCAGAGGCUUCUCCUCUUACACUCAAAAUGAGCUGCUUCUGCUGGCACCGCACACUUGCUGUGUAACUGAAAUGAUCGAGAAACUCCGCGCUUCUCGAGUGUUAUAUCGCCAGGAAAAUGAGUAUCCCCGCUCAGGGCGCAAAGAAGAAAAGCAGCUGCAGUCUGAAGAAGGUCGACAGCGCGAAGUAGAUUGUCGAUUCUCCUCAACGAGCAAAUUUUCGCCUACUGGACAGCAGCGCCGAUGUCGCAGAACGGGCACAAACAGCAGGUGCCUUUUGGCUCCUGUGAAUGUAUACAUAUCUCUAAGAAAGAAGGGCCUGCUUGAAGGCAACCUUCCCAGUGGCAGGAGCAGCAGCAGAGUUGAGGGCGUUGCAGUACGGGAGGACAACGGGAGCUUCAUGGAUAAUUGCCAGGCAGCAUUUAGUCAAGGGAAGCUCUUUACAACAACAGACCCUGCCUAUAUCGCUACAGUCGAUUCGGAGAGCCUGCAACUUGCUGUUAACCCUGCAGGCAUUCGGGGUCUUCGAUGGCUGGUAGCAAGCUUUGAGGAGCACCGCAGAGCCAUUGACACAGCUGAGGCUGUCCUCAGCCUUGUAAGACCAUUCGCGCCAUCUUGCACUGUGCACGGAAAUCCCGGAAUUUGGUGGCGAUUCGCGAUUCGUGCGGUUUGCCGCUUGCAGCGCGAGAUGAGCAUCACCGCGCGCAACGGUUACACCAGUAAUUCACAAGCGACCGUGUCUACGGAGGGACUUUUGCCUGUCGAAGAGACCCUUAAGUUGCGCCUAUGCGCCGAAAAAUCCGAAAAGUAUCGCUGCCUGCGACGCCUGCAGCUGCAAGGCACGUUAACACCGACGCAAGAAGAACAGUUGCUUCACCUGGCAAACACUUUACCGCUACCACACCUCCUACAAGCUCAUUCAGCAGCAAGGCAGGAUCUCGUGGAGCAGCAAGCGGAAGUGACAGGAAGAGCCCUUGGGAAGACCUGGGCACACUGGCUCCCUGUUUGGGGGAAAAGAAGGUCGCAACAAGGCUCAGGAGCUACGAGAAACACAUCAGCAGCCGUUGGCUCCAAUGAAACAACCCUUAGUGACCGGAAAACGGGCUGCUCUGUUCGUCCGUCCGUGCCUCCGCUUUCUCUGCAGGCGAUCUUAGAUCAGAAUAGGCUGCAGCAUCGACGACACCAGGAGCGGGGAGAGCGGAAGACACAGGGGAGGGAACUGCAGCAGCAGUGGCAAAACAACCGGCAGCAUGAGCAGCUGGGAAGUUCUGUAGAGGGGGCGCCGCCAGGAGAGUUUGAUUACUUUUUCGAUGCUCGUUCUCAGCCCGCUACUGCGCGCUUCGCAGGCGACAGCACUUCAGUGCUUCAAAUAGAACAAGGAGCAGUAUCCCAAGCAACGCUACCUCUCCCAGCCGCAAGCACAACUCAUUCACCUCAAAGAAGCCACAGAAAAGAAGAACCAAGCCAUAGGCUCCCUCAACUUCAAGGGUUGACUGCAUACGGUGGGAGGGCCAAUUCCGAAAUCGCGCGACAGGAGGGCCGUGAAUGCCCCACGAUUCCGGUAACAGAGGUGGAGCCCGCUGUUUGCGCUAUGAACAUUGCCGAGAAAGAAGACCCACGCAAAGAUUCUGAUCUUUCGGAGGCCGAUGAAAUAUUCUACGACUGCUUGGACUUUCAACCCCCGCGACAGUCCCAAUCGUCACAUGAAGAUACCCCACCAGCAGCCGCAGCGGCGACUUCAGCUGAGGUAACUAAUCCGCAAAGCGAAGCGCACCCUCGCUCCACUUCCGCACAAGCUGCUCACACGUUGUCAGCUUCCGUGCUGCUGCGCUCUGUUUCCGUCACCUUCUGCACGGACGUACAGCCGCUUCGAGAGACUGAACUGCAGCUGAAUCAACAACAGCGCUUUCCUCCACAGCAACAGAAGGAGUCACAGCAGACAGAAGACAACUAUUUAGUGUGCAACGUAGGCCCAGUCUGUGUGGAUGGCCUCAUUGGCGACGAUAAGGUAACUGGAAGCGUCUCCGUAGACUACCUGAGGAUCAAUUACAAAUGCAGGGGUCUUCAGAAUGAGCAGACUCUGAUGUUUGAGGACAAUAAGAUUGGAGAUAAGGCAUUGCUAUCGGUGCAAAUUGCACAGAAUUGCGUUGGUACUGUGUUUGAGGGGCAAGUGGAUGGGCGCGACUCGAACUUCUUGUCUCUUACGAUCCGUCGACUCAUUUGUAUACUUGAUCCAAAGGCUUUGGGGGGAUUGGCAACUAUCCAAGAACGAUUUACUGCUGCUGUUGCAGAAACAGCCUUGGCUGCAUUCUCGCAGCAAUGCAGCCUUUUGCACCUGAAAGGAACCACGAAGAGAGAUUGCACAUGCACUAGGGAGGCUCGUGGCGGCUUUCUUGGGUUCCAGGUGACAGCAGGCUGUGUGGGUCCGCAAAGACAGCUGAUUCUUUCUCCUAAACGCCAGCAGCAACUUCGUGAGAGCGCUUUGCUGCGAUAUGCGGUUUGUAUAGAGGCCCCAACAGUGAUCGCCCCCGCCUUGGAGGGAAGGGCCGUGCUGUGUCAUCUUGGAGAGCUGAGAGUCUGCAGCGCGCAGCGGAAGCAAUUACUACAGCCCACUGGCGGAAAGGAAGAUGAUGCUGAGUCAAUCAACCUUGAGUUUUUCGACAGCUUUUUCCAUGAACGGUAUGGCCACCGCUUUACUGCUUCAACAGCAGGAUCGCAUGCUGCUGGGGCUCCGGCAACAGAGGCCUCCUGUUUUCCUGCCACAGCGCGCGCUCGCGUCUUGCGACGCGUCAGCGUUAUCACCUACCAUGGCGUGCUGCUGAGAGAUUCCCACAUACUAUUCCAUAGCGAUCUAGAGCGGCUGAAGAAGGAACUGGAGCCGCUCCAGUCGUAUGACUCAAGCAGGAGCAGAAGUGGCCUAGGUGCCUGGUGCUCCUCUCAGAGGUCAAGCAGGGAGCAACGUCAUUGGGAGCACUUGUCCCGGUCCCAGAAAUACAAAUUUGGUGGGCAUAGAAGGAAAAUUUGGCAUCGUGAGUCCGGUGAAUCCAGGAGUCGCCCCAUGGAUAAGACAGAGCAUUCUUUACCCCGGGGGAUCAAGGGUGUCGCCCAGCCCAUCCUUCUCCCCUCCGAGUUUAGGGCAGUUGUAGAGGUAAAACACAUUGACGUUUACGAUGCCAGGGAGCUUUUCCUGCCUCGCAAGUUGAGCCGCUUUCUCAAGGAGCAGCAGCAGCUUCAAACACAGUUUUUCAGCUCCUCCACCACUGCGGUCGGUUGCCAUCCGUACCGCGGAUGUGACACAGCAGAGAAGAAACAAACGGAAACUCAGGGAAUGAUGCCGCAGAAUUCAUUACAGGAACAGAAACAUCACCGGCCGGAACAGUAUGGCAUCCGAGCCAGCGACAGGCAAACACAGCUGCGCUGCGAAGUACAAGUAGACAUAAAUGGAAAUUUUAGCGAGGUCGAGAUCUCUUUAAGUCACUACGGAUGCGCUACUUUAUUGAGUGCCAUCAAUUUCCUCAAAACAACCUUGUUGCGGAGGGAGACCGCCACUUCAUCCAGGGGAUGUGUGGACUCAAGCUGCGGCAGAAGAACUGUCUCGGAUCCAGCGGCGGCUGGUGGCCCCAGGACAGAACUCAGCAGAAGCCAAAGGGCAGAUGGGCACACUGAAGCCAGUGGCAUCAUUCCAAUAUACGUUUCUGGUUCUGUUGAGUGUGAGAAAAUGACUGUGUUUCUUAACAAUCUUAACAACAAUGCAGAUAUGCCGCGAGGAAUAGACUGGAACGAGUCAAGUUCAACCAUGAGAGAUUACCAAGUAGCUGUAGAAGAUGUGUUGCUGCUUCGAGCCAUCAGUGUGCGUGGACGCUUCAACAGCAGAAAUACCAUGACUAUUCAGCAACUGCAGAUGAGCCAGCUGCUUCUCGAACAGCCAUGCUUUCCUGUGGCGUGCCCGAAUCGGUACAUACUUCGUCUACCAUCAUCAGGCAAUAUUUCAACAAUCGCAUACUUUAACCCUUCGAGCAUAAGUCAACAAGCGCCAAGCGUACUACUCGAAUUAUCCAGCGGUAUGUGCAAGAACUCAGCAGCGGCCACUUCGUACUCUUGUGCUUCCCUGUUCUUUAUGCGCCCGAUGGCACUCAAUUUCCGCCCCACCCCAGUCUCUUGGCUCUUGCGCUUUUUGAAGGCGCCUGCAUGGCAGUCCGGUAGCAUAAACAGAAACAGCGUCAUCGGCAACGACAGCCACAAAGCAACUGGAAACAUUAAGGGCGCUCCACAGGACUACAGACUCGCCGGGAAGGCCACUGAGUGUCUGCAGGAGUUUCAGCUCGAAACUUCGGCCUCUGCGGAUGGCUGCGAGGAAGUUCAGAGCCGUCAGGGAGAAAGUGCAAAGACCCCUUUUGAGGUAGGAGACGAUGCCCCACCAAAAUAUGCCGCAGAAGCCUACAGUGACCCAGUUUUGCAAGAUAUAAAAGUUAAGUUUCAGAAUGUGGAUAUUUUGUGGAGUUCCCGUGGCGCUGAUCCACCUUUGGCAACGGCGGCUUUGUCAGCAGCUUCCAUGAAUCUUCGCCUGCAUCGUCAUUCAACCAAGAUUACAGCUAGUAUGCGGGAUUUCUCGCUGCACUGUGUCGUCCCUAAUGUCGAAAAUAGGCCGUAUUCGAACUGCGUUUCAGCCAGAAAGCAAGCCCGCCGCGCCAGCGUGCAACCUGUGCAAGCAGCUUGCUGUGGGAUCCUCGGAUGUAGCGCGAAAGAAGUGUCCAUCGAUGAGAGAUUCCGCUUCAGGAUUCGACUACUAACAACGGAAGUUAUUGGUGUGGUUCCUGGCAGCGAUAAUGCCUUUAGCGUUUCUCUUGACUCGAUGCAUCCAUUGUCACCCGAGUUUUCUGGACUCAGCUCAAGCCUGAAGGUUGAACUAGGGACUUAUCGUGUCACAUAUGUACACUACCAAUUCUGGAGACUGUUUAAUUGGCUAAUAGAGGACUUCUUCGGCACUUUAAUCUCUUCGCAUGUGCCAUCACCAAAUUCUUCGAAAACAAGAGGGCCUGCGAGCAGAUCAAGCCCCCCAGAGGCUGCACCAAAGCCCAUUCAGCACUCACCUUCUCUACAAGACCUAGCGAGGCGUAGCUUUCUAAAGUCCGAGGCAGGAGCCAAUAAAAGGGCGUUUGUUCUGCCUGCAGCGGAGGGCGAUGGGCAGAGUGCGGACACUAACAGCGGUGCAUUGGACAGAAAAUCCUUCAUAGUCCCUAACGAAGGACUUCAGCACAUUUUCUUGCUUGCUGAUGCAGGAAGAUCAAUUCUCGGCAUGACGCCGCUCUUUCAGCAGCAAACGCAAGGCAUUGAAGAAGGAAACACUGGUGAAGAAAUGCUACAACGCCUUUUGUUACCGGAAACCCUACCGUUCAAUGUCUUCCACUAUGAAGUGCGGUUCUCAUGUCCCCGUUUACUCCUGCCGGCAGCCUGUAAAUCCAGCGGUACUCGAGCCAUUUUUUGGCCUCCAACCUAUUCAUACUGCAAAUGUACUACGGAGCAUCGCGUAGUAGAUGAUUCUUGCUAUCGCAGGAGAGAUCGAGCAGCGGGUGGAAACGUUGGCGCCUGCAGCGAUUGCACAAACUGGAUUACGGAUUCAGAGAACUCGAAUCUGGUUGGUGCUCGGCAAAUCAUCUGUCUUCUCGACAGUGUCACAGUGACGAACUCCUGGCGCCUCAGCAGAAAGCACGGAAUUGUUGAAAGCAUCAACGUGUUUUUUGAGGGAGCGAAAGCCUUUGCCAACGUCGACUGCUGUGCACAAUCGUCACUGGGGCAAACAACCCUGCGUCAGCAACAGGCUUCUGGUGCGGAAUUUCGGUCAGGUUCGUGCCGCCGCUGUGCCAGCCGCGACUCACUGGAUGCCCUGCCUCCAGCCGAGGCGCCGGACGUCGACACGUUUGGAGUCCCUACAAUAACACCAUUAGAAGCUUCAGAGUCCACCUGCAGGGCCUCUGGCUCCCCUGGAAGCUACCUUUUCGGUAGCGCUGACCUUAUGGUCCGCGUGUUACGACCGGCGUUGAUGCGUUCUUCGUCCCAUUGGAUACGAGUGGAGGCAGGACUGCUACCCGUUAGCCUUGACGCACAAGCACUAAGACUCAUUUUUGAAGUUUUUGAAAACAAUUUUAGCACCAGAGAUCACUACACUUCAUCAAAGCAUACAGUAUUUGAACCGCAGGCAGGAAGCCUACGUGAACGCAGUGGAAACCACCAGACUAUCCAAGAAGUACAACACGCAGACUGCGACACGGAAUCAAAGGCUGAGAAGUGCUUCCCCAAAUACCCACUGACACCAGAAGGGAGGUCUACAAUAGAUUCCGACAAGUACGGUAAAACGGGAAUACUUUUGCAACGAUUGCAGGAGCAACAAACGCUGCAGGGACUGUUGGAGCCGCAGGUGGACUUCGUGGAGCUUUUAGAGGAGUGGGGACAUGAGACGUAUCUCUUGGAACUAGUUGUUCAAGGGGUGCACCUUGCUGCCUUUGAAUACCCCGUCAAGAAGUAUUCCCUCUUGCUGCGGAAGCAAUGUGGCGCUUUUAGGAGCCGCAUUUGGGCUCUGAAGCAAAACCAAGGACGACGGCCAAAGUUUUGCAGUGACAAUUGUCCGAGAAGUAACCUCCCGCCUUUCGGUGGGAUCGAGUGUGCUCAACGAAGACCUUUUCUACUGCUUCAUGCGACGCGCCUGAGAGCACAGUUUCGAUCGCUUCAGUUGCCUCCACGCCAGGCCGAGCAAGUGGGCUUGCUGGUAAGCACUACGUCUUCAGCUUCUCAGGGCAACCACGAGAAGCGGGACGGCGAAUAUCAGUCUGAAACUCGCCGUAUACUACCCCCUCCAGUCAGAGGGACAUUCCUAGGAAUGAGAGUUGGCUCAUCUACCGUAUUUUCUCCGGACCUGGCUCUUCCCUUUUCGGUGGUUUUCACGAAUAGCACAUGCCCUCUGGGGCUCUUACAGCAGCAGUUGGAGCCCCUAGCAGAAAGCAUUCGCCGGGCGGAAUCAGGAUCCAUUGCGGCAGCCGUACAAAUGGGUGACAAAUCAUUGGGCUCCGAAACCAGUGCAUUUGGAUGCCGUUUAGGGGACGCACAGCGAGUAGAGAGGUCAGCAAGCCAGCUACCAAUGGACUCACCUAGGCUGCUACGCCAGGAAGAGCACCCUCUAUUGACGGCUUUUACGACUCCAUGGAUUGACCCAUUGCAUCUAGAAGAUCAGAUGAAAGACAUACAGAACGAGGAAUGCGAACCAACCUCUCGUUCUUCUACGCAGACCCGUGCUGCCACUGCCCCUGGCCAAGGCCAUGUUUCUUGCUGUAAGGCUUCGAAAACUGCAGACCGAACUGACUCAAGGGAUGCCGCCGUCGAAAUGCCAUCAUUUAGUGGAAAGUAUGUUCCUCUAUUCCGCUGUGGCUUGCAGCAUUCGCCGCAACAGAAGGGUCAGGAUGGAGUUCUUCCCAAACUGUUGAUGCCACAGCAGGCAGAGCUGAGCGUGUUCUGCAAAUGGGCGACAGCAGCUCCAGUGACACCGCUGCUCGACGACGUAGUGCAUAAUAUCCCAGAAUGUCGAAAUUUGACGGCUAAAGAGAGACUCCUUAUGGUUCAGCGGCUGCUACUACAACGUCAGCGCCAGAGGAAACAACAGCGCAUCUCAUUAUCGUCUGAAAGAACCCGGUGUGUCUUAACUUUGCCUUUAAUCACUCGUAUUUCUGGCUUCUUUUCCGAUUACGAAGCAACAACUGGCGCAGUGCAUCGGCAUGCAGCGGCCUUCAGAACCGGCGGAGGCGCAGAAAUGAUACAGGGGAAUAACUGGAAAAGUGCAAAUCACCAGAGCCGUGUGGUAUGGCCCAUGAGCUGUGACAUCACGCACCCAGCCCAGUCCAGUUCUGACGAUAGUCAGGCUACUUUUGACAGUGAGCCACCUUAUUGUUCUGCCAGGAAAGUUUGUUUCAACUGUCCCGGUGGAAGGCGAUGGAUGCACAGAGGAACUAGCAGAAGGGGAAGCGAUAAAGAAAAACUCAACGAUGCAUCAUGCGUUGCAGUUGGAGACAAAAAGCUAGGCACCAUCAGUGGCCGCCAUGCUUUAAGUCAACUAAGCAACAUUGAUCCCGCAGUCUGGGCACGCAGUAACAGUCUUGCCAGGACUGCUAGCCAUGAUGCAUUUUCUGUCUCCGGAGACGACCGAAGAGAUAUUCACCUCACUCAUUUUGGAAGCAAAGCUCUUGCCCUGUGCCAGUCUUCCUUCGCCUCAGUCAAGCGCUUUGCGUCAGGGCUUAGUAGUCAGAGCAGUAAAGAUGCUCUGGGCGCAUAUGUAGAACACGGCUUAACCGAUUCUGAAGGCGUUGCCAGUUCCUGCGAGAACAGCGAACUACAAAAGUCGGAAAUUGACGAUAGACAUAAUCUUCAGCAGUCAGGUUUCUUCGGCAUUUGCGCAGCCGUGCCACCGUCACAGAAGACAAUGCUUCCGCCUCUCCAACUGACAUCAAAAGACGUAGUGAUAUAUCUGUCUGAAGCAUCAGUACUUCUGCCUGUGGAUGGCACCGAGUAUGAGAGCGGCUCCGUGCUGCUUCGUGGUUCAGUCAAUGUGCGGAGACGUGCAGAUGAUAUUCUAGACCCCAUAGCGCAUUGUAACACCUCUGGCGGCGCAUCAGCUGCUUCUGGUGCUUUUGAGCAUCUUUGGAAGUGUGAUAGCGCUGGCGACAGAACGUUGUGGGGAGCUGUAAGAGCAAAUAUAGCAUCUGCUCAGGAAAAGGAAACUGGUGGCGCGUUGCUUCAGCAGCAGGAGCCUCUCAGGGAAGCCCAGCCUAGUUCCCCAGGUAGCCUACCAGACAAAUUUUGCCCGGGCAUCCGAGGUAUUGACAUUUUGUUGCGAAAGGCGACGGUUACAUGCUUACGCAACAGUAAGCCGCUGCAACAAAUGGACGCUAGCACGACGGACUUUCUUAGACGCCACAAGCACCUACAGCUACGGCACUGGAGAAGUCUGCGGCGAUUAAACUCUGGUAGUAAACGUACAGGCGCAGCAUCCGAAGCAUUUCCAAAGCAAAGCCUUCAAGUGCUUGGAGUGCGCGAGGUGGCGCUUGACGAGCUGAGGAGUGCUACCGCGCAGGCAGAAGUGGAAGCGUACGUAAAUGCGUCGGACGUCGCCACCGUCUUGGUCCAACACACUGCUGACAGAAGUACACUUGCAAAUGACACGCCUGUUGAGAAGUUCGCCAAAGUCCACACUAAAUGCAAGAUUUCUGGACCGGUUGAUCGACCUGUCGAUGCUUCAAAGGCAGCAGACUCAACGGCUCCAAGAGUGCUUUUACAGAGUAAUGCACGGAUCAUAUGCAGUGAUUUUAGUGCUCAUUUAAGUCACAUAUCCACUCCGCCUACUUUUUCCCACCAAAGCCAAGCAGAAUCCUGCUCAGGUGGAGUGCUUCAUGGACUGAAAAUCUCUUCGAAAUCUGCUUCCAACAGCGCCUCGAAAAAUGCUUCUGAAAGCAUAGGCGUGCAUAGCAGCUGUUGCUCGCGCAUCACGAAGGCCAUGAGAUCGAGCAGCGCCAAAGUGGAUACAGGGUCCUUGGGGCGGAUCUGCGAUUGCUGUUGCCAUCAUCCACAGGAGCAUACUGUUCUACACGUUGGCCCAUGUGAGUUGGAGCUUUCGUACUUGGACUGCCUCUUAAUUUGCAGGUGCGCUGCUCAGCAGAUACGCCAGGCAGAAGAGCAGCAAAGCAGGAGAGAAAGACAGGUGGCCGUUUUCCUGCGGCUUUUCCACCACGGCUUGGCUCUGAAACAGCAACUAGCAAGGGGCCAGAGGCUCAGUCGGAAGCAGUACGUGGAGAGUGAUCCGACGCCUUCUGUAGUCACAGAGGGACUCUCCACUUCGUCCUCCGUUCAACGUGCAGCUUUCACGGAGGGCAGGCGAGGCACUUACUCGAAUCUGCGGCCAAACGCGCCAGCGCCUUACGCAAGCAGAAAUUUGCACACUUCCCCGUCGUUUCCACGACAGAGCCGUGUGCUUGCCUGCUUACCGUUAUUACGCGUUACGCUCCUCAAUGAUCACCUAGAUUGCCUUCAAGCUCCUCUCUUGCAGCUAUUGAUGCUUGACAGUUGUUUUUCUCGGGCGUGCUCUGUUUUGCCCCCUCUUCGUACAGAAGCGCUGGGCAUACUCCGUCAUCGUCCUCAGCGAGAACAGAUCUCUUCUGUAAAUUUGCUGGAGGGUUCGCUGUUUUUGUGGGCCUUUAAUCCUCUCGCUGUCGCGUUUGAACCGGUAGUGGAGUCGCUACCGUUGGCUCUCGUAAUACGUGAAGCUUCGUAUUCACUCAUGCAAUACGCGUAUAGAUCGCGUUGCGACGAUGAUAGUCAGGCGCUUGCUCUAAGGCACUGCGGUGGCCGGACCGCGGAGUCCGAACAUCAUUCUUCGUGGCCGCCUUCGUUCCUGCACAGACGUGGGGGAAGCCAAGGAAUCUUACGGAAGCCGGGUCUCUUGGUUCCUUUCGGCACAGCACCUCUGUCGAAGAACCCUAGCAAUAGCAGCAGCAGCCGCUGCGAGACCCGGAUAAGGGACGAGUCAACAGACUCAGUGGGUCGUCUUCUUCCUCACACUUCGAAGAACGCUGCAGAUCGUGAGACAAGCAUGUUUCGAAACCAACAGCAAAAGGGCUCCAGCGAUACCGACCGACUUGCCACCGCACAACUUUACAUGAGGCAGGGGCUGGAAAGCUUGCACAGGGACGCAGACAGCGUCACCACUCACUUUGAAGGUGAUGAAUCAUUCGUGCUCCAAUCCGGAAUCAAGGGGGCUGCUGGAUCUGAGAACCGCGGUGGCACACUUGCAUGCUCUCCCGAUGCCACCUCUACUGCAGAGCGGUACUUGGGUAUUCUGUUGUCAUCUACGCCAGGGAGCAGUAUUGAAGCUAACUUGUCUCCAUUGUUGUUGCAGUCUGUAGUAGGGAGCCUCUAUAAGUGGUAUUGUGACUUUGCGCACCACAUGCAACAGCCGCAAGAAGGGCACAGACAAGCGCGGAGGACCACUCCCUGUCAAGGCCGCCUUGCGAGGAGGCGUAGAAGUCCACAAGUCCUUCAUCGACAUGUUUCAGAUUCAGAUCAACAGCAGGCCCGGCAGCUACAGGAGCAGCGCUAUAGAGCUUCGCAUCACAUAGAAAGCCAUUCCGCAGGGGAACCAGAGGAUUUCCACGAACGAGAGCCGCAAGCAUCUGUUGAGAGAACGAAUGAUUGUCUCGGAGUGCACCUUGGUUUAAAGGUUCAUCGAAGAUGCUCAUCAUGCUCUUUGGAGGCCUCACCCAGUGGCUGUUCGCCAUUUGAGGACACUCAAAUAGGCAUGCAUGAAAGCGUAGAUCAUGUACGCGAUUAUGCAAGAAAGUCAGCAUCUAAAAUAGAAGCCGAUGGAUCAGUGAAUGAAGACCGCUGCCAGCAGGAGCAGAGACCACACCUGGAGGCAGCAGACCCCAAACGGGGCAAGGUCUUCAUACCUUACCAUGUUGUGAACCAGACUGGACUUCACCUUGGAAUCCUUCUUUUGCCCGAGGAAGCAGCUGCGAAAACGGCUCACUCAGACGUUGGUUCUGGCAGGCGCACUAUUAGCGCAGUCGACGCAGAACAAUACGGGCUCCCCCGUACUCUUCGGUUGUGCCACCGCCACAACAGAAGCACAUGGGGAACUGGGCAAUAUAGCAGCAGUGAUGAUAGCAACAGCAGCACGAGCGAAGCAGAGAUUGGACGCAGUUUAGCUGCAGCCCCUGUAUGUUGGGACUUUGGACCUACUCUACAGAAAACGCCUUUUGGAUUUUUUGGAUCCGCGAUAAGCACGCCAACAGUCAAGUCAAGCGACACGGUGACCGCGUCAUGCCCACCCUCUCCCUCCACUGUUCAUGAAGCCGAAGACAGCGGCCUCCAGAAUUGGGAAUCCGCUGCCCGGUGGGAAUGGCUGAGUCCGUCGGAAGAACGUGCGUUGACGCAAAUGAGGGUUUCUGUUGGCACAGCAUCAACUGCUCAUGUUGCACUACAGCUUGCUGAUCAGGCUGCGGGGGAGUUCGGUGCACAACAGCCUCUACGUAGAUCUACUCUAAAGAUGAAGGGGUUUUGUAGAGCGGCGGAGAACAAUAAUGAAUCUUUGGACGGCUUCUCCAAGAAGUGGAUGCUUGGCAUGCCAGUACCGCUCGACCGCAUCGGAGUCUACAUUCAACCUUUGCCAGAGACGAAGAUGACGGCACUUUCUGGAGCAUCCCCUGCUAAGUCAGCUGUUAAGGAAUCAGUGCCUUUUGUAAUUUGCCGCCUCAUCGCCAGUGCUGGGACGAAGCAGCUGUUGGUACAAUCUCAAGUAGUGCUUCGCAGCUCCUGCAGCACUCCACUUCAGCUUAUGUUAUUGCCUUUGAUUGAAUCCCUUGGCCCCAGCCAGCAAGAUGAAGAGCUGAGACUUCGAGAGAAUGGCGGAAACAAAAAGAAAAAUGAGUGCCUUCUGUUACUAAAACCCGGAGAAACAUUGGCUGUACCAGUCAACUUUUGUUUCACAGGAAGAUUUCGAGUCCGGCCAUUGCUGUCUGGGGCGACUUUCACAUGGUCUAAGGAAUUAAGUCUAGACACAUUGUGGCGGGUUGUCGAGGACCAGCAACACCAAAAGUCUCACGAUGAAGCAGCCAGUGAAGCGAGGAGAGAUGCAAUUAACAGGCAACUGUCGAAAACCGACUUAUUGCGGUGCAGCCCCUGCAUUAGCAGCACCGGCAGGAGUUGCAAAACAAGCAGGCAUGCGAAAAGCACUGGAGAAGAAUGCUUUUUGGAGCAACAAGAAGUGCAGAAUGUCCCAACGAAACGAAGGCCUGACUACCAUAUUGUGGUCUCUUACCGACAGGAGCGGCUUUUCCACACGUCUUUCUCUUGCAUACAGCUCAAAGUGUCAUUUGAGGCUCCCCUGCGCAUCGCAAGCAACAUCCCGUUCCCCAUCAGAUAUCGCGUUCAAUGUCCGCUACCCGUGAAGGCUGGGGAAGAUCCCCCCGAGGACUCAGAGGGAAUACUCCAGUUGAAUGAGCGGCGACGUGUGCAUUCGCUCCCUUUAACAGGAGUGGCUUUUCUUUCCAUCUCACUGACAGAAGGCCAGUGGUCAAAGCGGACUCAAGUACAACCACCACCACUCCAUCGGAGGAACCCUUCAUCAAGUAUUCCUUCACAAACGCUUUCCAGCCCUUCGGCAGCUGUAGGUUCGCACUUAGGGGCUGGUCAGGCACCAGCAGAAUGCGUAAGGGACGAUAUUCUUGAGAGCCUCAAGAAGGAAUCUUCAGGCGAGACAGCAGCAGGAGAAACUUUUAUAGAGGUCGAGUGUUUGGACAGGCGAUCCUGUUCUGUCAAGCUGUGGCUCAUCUUUUGUGAAUCUGACGGACGCUCCCCCUCCUUGCUGUUGCAUGCCCCUGUGUGGCUGGUGUCACACAUUCAGUGGGCAUUCCAAAGAAAGUGGCUGCAACAGCCACGGAAGCUAGACAAGCCAGACUCUGCAGAGGAGAGAAAUAAGAAGCGGCCUGCUGUUGAGUACAGUAUCAUUCGUCGUAACACCACCACAGGCGCAAGUUGGGCGAUGCAGGCAAUGUCAGCUGCGGCUGCUGCGGUAGACCUACAGGGGGACACAAGGCAGCCAAAGCCGUCCAAGGUCCCGAAGUUUGAAGCUUCUUCUCGCAGCAUCCUCACGCAGGACUGCACCGGAGAUAUACGACUUCUCGAUUUUAGUGUGGGUCAGGCAGUCCUGAAGGCGACAUCUUCCAUUCGUGUGGAAGCUGAAGGGAUAGGCUGCUCUGAAUACUUGGACGUUUGGGGGGAAUUUCCCAGGAGGCUGAGUGUGGCUGCAAACCCCUCAGCACCGCACCAGACCUACGAAACUUGCCCUCGCAUGGUUUCAAAAGAAGAGCAAGACUGCACGAGCUCUCCUCAAGGUUCUGAAAAUGGUGAGGUAGGCCUUUCUGACACGAAGGACACAAGCAGAGGCAGCCAAGCUGCCAGGCCGUCCAGACUGGAGUCUGCGCUCAAGAAUUCGAUGGGGGGGCCCUGUUUAGACGUGGUUGCUGCAAUAUUGGAGGCACCUUUGCCUCUUCUACGCCCUGUGCUCUUGCUAACGCUUUCUCCCAUGUACACAAUAACAAGUCGGUGCCACUUCCCCAUUAGAAUCCGCCAAGCGCGGCCAAGCUGCUUCUUCGAAGGAAAUACGGGGGCUUCUCGAGAAACUCUUGGCUUCACUAUGGAGUUGCAGCCUCAGCAUACUGAGCCCCUUGUCUGGCAGUUCAACUACGGCAUCCGAGCCAUACAGCUACAGGGACUGGUGCCCAGCCUCUGUUGGUUACAAGAAGGUUGCAGUCGUGGGAGAACAGCAGAAAGUGUCGACAGCACGUCAAACUCAAUGUGGAGCACGUGGUCGGGCUACUCUCCUGUGUGUCGUACUGGGGAAAAUUGGUGCAUCCGUAUACCCAAUGUACCUCUUAAGCUACCGGGAGCCACCCCUUCUGCCUUCAGAAGACACGGAAGCGCCGCCAGAGGAGAACAGGUAUCUUCCAACUUUCGCCAAAACCGGGCUGAAAGCCUUCCGAAUCAACACAAGCAACCGCCGCGAAGGUUACAGGCCAGAUGGCAUACGGUGACGCCACAAGAUUUUUUAGGUGCGCUUUUGCGUCGGGGAGUUUCAGUGAAGGCCUCUGGAAAUUUACCUCGCCGUCGACAGCAGCCUCCAAAACAAUUUAUGAAUCGGGCUUAUGCCGCUCUAGGAUGCUCGUCCUUGCGUUUAGAAUCAACAGCAGGCCCAGCCAGCACUGUUAACUUGACGAUCCAAAGAGAGCAGUUUGAAUUCCGGGACGUUGUCUUGAUUUGCAACGACACCGCGUUACCUCUGAUGCUGCGCCAGUGCCGCCACAGAGGCAGUCAAACAGAAGGUGAAUCCGUCCAAGUGGGCCGCCGGUCGUCCGAGAUGGCUCAAAAGCUUGGCCUCCCACAGGUCGCGGCUUUUGGGGUUGACUCUGUUACUGCAGCGGUCGCUGAAUUAUGGGGAACAGCAACGAAGAGCGAAGAUCUGGAAAAGCGCCAACUGAGCAGCUUUGUUGACUCAAAGAGCUUUGGUCAGUAUGACAGUAGCAGCGAGGGAAUAUCCAGUGGUUUAACCCAACAACUAAACAUGCUUCUAGAGGAGCAGCGGCGGGCAGAACAACAGCACACUAUACGACAGCAAAACGGAGCUUCACUUUUUCAUUCUUAUGAUGCGGUUCACAUAUCUGCAGCUCCCAGUGAGGAGGGUGUCCAGCUGCUUUUAGACCGAUUGGCUCUCAUUGCUCAGGCCGCUGCUUCUGAAAGAAAACCUUACCAGCUACAACAACAUUGUGUCACUGAUGCUGCGAGCAGCCAUGUCGCGGUUGAGCAGUGUUGUUGGUGCUGGUUUGAAUCUGCUGUAACAGAGGAGUUGUGCGCAGCAGAGAAAAGCGCCAGAAAAGACACGUCGACUGCAACGCUUGACGCAAGGCUGUCGUCUGUGUGGCCCCUCCCGCAACUUGUGCUGCCAGGGGAGACUGUAGUAUUUACUUGGGAUGAUUAUCGCUGCUCGCCUUGUGUAGAGGUAUCUUCCUACCCGUGGUUGCAGUGGCCGGAUAAGGAAAGCCCUUCUUCUCCGACAACUGAACCUACAUCCAACGCAGACCCCGAAGAAGUUUUGCCCGGACCGGACUCACCUUCGUUGAGUCAACCGUUUGUUGCAUGCAUUCCUCUCGACACCAAUGUUCAGGGAGUCGUGCCGCUGCAGUCACAGCCGUCUCCAAACUGGCUGUUCUUCAGAGUUGUUCGCCACGAGGAGAGGCUCCUUUUGCAAAUCGCCCCUGUAGGCGAAACUCUGGGGAUAGCCAGUGCGAAUCCUUCAAAUGCGGCGGAGAGUAAACAGGACGUCAGUGCUCGAAUGUGUAGCGAGAGCUUCAAUACACCAGUGCGGCUGAAUACUGCUGUUUCAUCUGGGAUAGAUCAUUCUUCUCGGGUAGAAAAGAACAUCGACCAUGUGGCGGUCUCUCCAGAUGAUGUGGAUAUCCAUUCUUUACUUAUCGUGCCACGGUAUCUUCAACUCCAUCAUGUUGCGACGGAUCUGACGAAAGACUGCUCUCGCAGCGGCGAAGCCAGCAACGGCGCGGACCGUGUGCCCGAGUGGUCAUACGCCUCAAUGUGCCGGUUCUCUGGCACAGUUGCAGGCUCAUACGCACCUGACCAGAAGACAGCUUCAGCUUCUGAACAAGUGUUUGCUUCUGCUAAGUCUGGUAAGGAAGAUAUUGCCAAGGCGACAACGAUGCUUCCAGUGAGGCCAACUCCUGAUCCCCCAACAUUCGAGCUACGUGUUGAAGUUCCUCGCCUGCAAUUUUCUGUCUUAUCCCAAUGCCCCGUCACUGACCCGCUGUCUCGCCAGAUCGAUUCCAUGCACUCGCAGGCGUACUACCCGGUGUUGCUCCAAAGAGCUCCUCCUAUGCUUAACGAGGUCACUCCCAGCGGAGAGAACAACUGCUUGCAACUGCCACAGGCAACAACUUUGACGGACAAGAGUCAUAAACUCGGGGAUAUCAAGACGCAGUCACCUAUCAAGAAGACUCCAUGUUCUGAAAAAAGAAAUGAUGCCGGUGCCCUUGUUCAAUUCUUGUUGCAGCAGCGAAAGCCCUUUUACGGUAGUCAUGAUGGUGGGGUCGUCAUCGUUGACAAAUGUAGCUUGUCGCUUCAGCCCGUCACCAUCAAGAUUGAUUUAAACAUAUUCUAUCUAGGGUCUGAAGCCAUAAGCUGUUGGCAGUCUGCCUGGGCAGCUGCUACUUCAUCCAUGAGCCUACAAGACUCCAGCAAUGCACCCAGUGAUCCAGAGAACGGGGACGACACAGAAACGUCUCUGGCUUCUGCAGACUGGCCUCUUCUAUGCAAUCAGAGUGCUUUGUUGGAAAGUAAAAGCCUGGAGCACCACUAUUCUGUGAAGAGCGGAAUGGCAUGGGCAUGCAGAAGCAGCAGAACUUGGGAAACGCCCCUUGCGCUUUUUGUCUCCAAGAUCACCAGAACAAAUGUGUCAUUUGCUCCCUUUCCCCUGAUUGUCCGCCCAUUGCUGUGCAACCAAGAAGAAGCGGCUUUCCAGAAGGAGAUGCAGGAGUUCAAGCAGCAAAGGCAACGGCGCUAUAUUUUUCGGGUGCUAACGAUAGAUAGCACGUGCAUUGUCCUAUCGUUUAAGGCAGACACGGGCGGCAGCAGCAGCGCUUUGCAGCGCUCAGUUGUAAGUCUUUCUUCCCUUGAAGAUGCUCGGUUCCAGGUGGAUGGGCUGCAUGUGACAAGCCGGAAGCUUAUUGAAGAUCUUAAGGCGCUGCAACAAAAGCAGCAGCCGCAGACGGAGCAAGAUCUUUCUCAUAUCGUGCAACUAAUGAGGCACCACAAGCAGCCAGCUCUCUCGCUGGAAGAUGUCGUAAGGGUACUGCGGUACUUUUAUCAACAGCAGUUCUUAUCUCAUCUGUCGAAGAUUUUGGUUUCUGUAGAUGUUCUAGGAAACCCUGCCUUAUCGCUUGCACACCUCCAGGCUGGUGUGUACGCCCUGGCCAGGCAGCCCUGGGAAGCUGCUGAGACUGGUGGGGACGUAUUCGAAGGAAUGAUUAGGGGAGCAGAAGACUUCUUGAAGCACACUGGCUAUGGCUUAUUUGGAGGCAUUAGUCGGAUGGCAGGAGCCGCGUCUGAUUCGCUUGGAGCACUUGCUUGUGACGAGGUCUACGUGAGCAAUAGGAAGAAGCAAGGCAGACACAAGGCACGAAACGUGGAAGAGGGUUUACAACAGGGUGUUGAGGCCCUUGGGAAAGCUCUUGCUGGCGGCUUUACAGGUUUGGUGGAGGAACCGGUUAGGGGAGCUGCAGAAGGCGGCUUUGAGGGGUUGCUCCGCGGUGCUGGGAGAGGUAUUGCGGGCUUUCUUGUGAAACCGCUAACAGGAGUGCUCGACUUUGCUCAAAAAACCGCUGAGGCCAUUAAGGAUGCCUCCCAAGUAGAAGGACGACAGCGCCCAAGAUUUCGUCUUCCCCGUUUGCUCCUCGGAAACACACGCCUGCUUGUUGCAUACGACAGCGAAGCGGCGAAAGCCAAAGCUAUCCUGGCAGAAGCCGAAGGACAGUAUUGGGAGAAUCUACCAAUUCUCUUUUUCGCUCUGGACCGUCUCCUUCAGUGUCUCACACUGGUCACCGAGAAUCAUGUUUUGCUUUUCAAGUACUACGCGCGAAGCUCUGCAGAGCUUCUGUUCCUUGCGCCAGUUUCGUGUUUAUUGGCUGUUGGUCACUGCAGCACAGUCAGCAACAUUACGAGCAACAGCGGUGAUAAAAGCAGCGGGAGGACUCGAACCACUACUGCAAAAGAGCGCCAUGCUGUGGUGCUGCAGCUUCGUAGGACGGGAGAGUCGGGAGUUUACUACCAGCAGCUUGUGUAUUCAAAAUCUCGACUGCAACGGCAUAUCAUGAAUUCUUUGAGACAGCUGUUGCUUCAGUGA